AUGGGAAAGAAUCUUUGUCAAGGUAAAGGGAAGGAGCUCCAACAGACUCAGCUAAACAAGGCAGCAAACAGGAGCAUCCGAAGUCCUGCAGAGCUCCAUCUACAGAAUCUUCAAAACGGUUCACGACACCAAGACACGCUUUAUCACAGAGCUGUCAAGGGUCUGUGCAACAAGCCAAAAAUGUGUGAGGGCUCCAUAAUGAAUCCGAAGUCUCUAACUCGAUCUCCUCCCAUUUCCACACCUUCCUCCAACGAUCUCCUCACACAAGCCAUUGACUUCAUUAACCAGUACUACAAAUCUUUUAAAAGCUCUAAAAUAGACGAGCACUUGGCCCGGGUUAAUGAGGUUGCUCAAGAGAUUGAUGUCACCGGAACUUAUCAGCUCAAUAAUGAAGAACUGGUGUUUGGAGCUAAGCAAGCUUGGAGGAACGCACCCAGGUGCAUUGGCCGAAUUCAAUGGUCCAAUUUGCAGGUGUUUGAUGCACGGAAAUGCAGGACAACAGAGGACAUGUUCCAGUUUCUGUGUGCACAUCUUAAAUUUGCUUCAAAUGGAGGCAAUGUGAGGUCAGCUAUCACCGUGUUCCCACAAAGAACCGAUGGGCAGCAUGAUUUCCGAGUUUGGAACAGUCAGCUUAUUAGAUACGCUGGCUAUCAGAUGGCAGAUGGACGGAUUAUAGGAGACCCUGCUAAUGUGGAGUUCACUAAGAUUUGUGUCCGACUUGGAUGGACACCAAAGUAUGGCUCCUUUGACGUGCUGCCACUAAUGUUGCAGGCCAAUGGAGAAGAUCCCGAGCUGUAUGAAAUUCCUGUAGAGUUGAUACUAGAGGUUGAAAUGGAGCACCCACAUUAUAAGUGGUUCAUAGAUCUGAACCUUAGAUGGUAUGCAGUACCUGCAGUGUCCAACAUGUUGCUGGAGAUUGGUGGUCUUGAGUUCACAGCAUGCCCCUUCAAUGGUUGGUACAUGGGCACUGAGAUCGGCGUAAGGGACUUAUGUGAUACUCAGCGCUACAACAUUCUGGAGAAGGUUGGACAUUGUAUGGGGUUGGAUACACACAAGCUGUCAUCACUGUGGAAGGAUGAGGCUCUGGUUGCCAUCAAUGUUGCUGUGAUUCACAGUUUUCAGAAAAAUAAGGUGACCAUCACAGACCACCACUCUGCCACAGAGUCCUUCAUGAAGCACAUGGAGAGUGAGCUACGUCUGCGUGGUGGCUGUCCUGCUGACUGGGUUUGGCUUGUUCCUCCCAUGUCUGGUUCUCUGACCCCUGUGUUCCACCAGGAGAUGAUCAGCUACAUCCUGUCCCCCUUCUUUUACUACCAGCCUGAACCUUGGCUAACACACGUAUGGAAAGAUAAAAAUAAAGCAUUAAAGAAGCAACAAAGAAUAAGCUUCAAAGGUCUGAUAAGGGUGGUGGUCUUCUCUCAAAUACUCAUGCAAUCUGCCUUGGUUAAGAGAGUAUCCUGCACCAUUCUCUAUGCUACUGAAACAGGAAAAUCACAGACCUUUGCCAAAAAGCUCAAAUCAAUUCUCAGUUGUGCUUUCAAUCCAAGGUUACUCCGCAUGGAGGACUACAGUUUCCCGGAGCUUGAGAAAGAAUGCCUCUUAAUGGUCGUGACCAGCACGUUCGGCAAUGGAGAUUCUCCAGGAAAUGGACAGAUGUUUAAGAAGUACCUUUUCAGUACUAAAAACCUCAAAAACAAACUCAGGUACUGUGUUUUUGGCCUCGGCUCUCGCAUGUACCCGCAGUUUUGUGCAUUUGCCCAUGCAAUAGAUGAUAAGCUUGGAGAACUGGGAGCUAAACGAUUGGCUUCAAUGGGAGAGGGUGAUGAGCUCAAUGGGCAAGAAGAGUCUUUCUCCGUCUGGGCUUGCACCGUGUUCAAGGCAGCAUGUGAGGAAUUUGGUAUCGAGAGUCAGGUCACAUGGGUGGAGCACCUGACAGACAACUGGGACCCACUGAGACACAGAGUGCAGACUGACAGCGGCUCCUUUGAACGCAUAAAGGCUCUCUCAGCACUCCAUUCUAAGACUGUGAUUUGUAUGAAGCUAAAGAGAAGAAAGAACCUACACAGCUCUAGAUCAAGUCGUUGUACUAUACUGGUUGAACUGGAAGCUGACGGUGUCGAAAAAGAGUCCUUGAAUUAUGCUCCUGGUGACCAUGUGGGAGUUUUCCCAGGGAAUUCACCAGAGUUGGUGAUGGGCAUUCUGAAACACCUCCCUAAUGCCCCCCCCACCAAUCAGAGUGUCCAACUUGAAUGCCUUCCUGAGUCUUGCUAUGGUAGUGCAAAGUGGCAAACAAAUUCACGUAUCCCAGCAUGCCCUCUGGCCAAGGCUCUUACAUACCUCUUGGAUAUCACCACCCCACCAUCGCAAAGCUUCUUGCACAAGCUCUCGCACAUGACUAAGCAGGUAGAUGACAGACAGCGCCUGCUAGCUCUUGCAAAGGACUUCAAGUGUUAUACAGAAUGGAAAGCAUUUAGUAGGCCCAACUUCCUGGAAGUUCUGGAGGAGUUUCCUUCACUGGAGCUCUCUGCAGCGUUCCUUCUCAGCCAGUUACCCUUGCUGAAGCCCCGGCUCUACUCAGUUAGCUCCUCCCCAGACCUCCACCCUCACGAGCUUCACCUAACUGUGUCUGUGGUCAACUACUGCACCCAAGAUGGAAAGGGUCCUCUGCAUCAUGGUGUCUGCAGCACAUGGCUCAACACCCUCAAAGAAGGCCAACUGGUUCCAUGCUUUAUACACAGAUCCAGUGGGUUCCACCUUCCAUCCGAUCCCAGUUCUCCUACUAUACUAAUUGGAGCAGGAAGUGGUAUCGCACCUUUCAGGAGUUUUUGGCAACAGCGCUGCCAUGACAUGAAAACAACAGGCCUGAAAUGCAGUCCGAUGAUGCUGGUGUUUGGAUGUCAUGGUGCAGACAUGGAUCAUCUCUAUAAAGAGGAGACUUUGUACAUGAGAGAAAAUGGCACUCUGAAGAGCAUCACUCCAGCAUACUCUCGCCAGGCUGGUCUUCCCAAGGUAUAUGUUCAAGAUGUCCUGAGGAAGCAGCUCAGUGAAGAGGUUUGGCAGGUUUUGUACCAGAGCACCGGACACCUAUAUGUGUGUGGGGGCAUGAACAUGGCCCGAGAUGUUGCACACACUAUACAAGAGAUCCUGGUUAAUCGACUGGGGAUAACUCUCUCACAAGCGAGGGAAUAUCUGGAUCAAUUAAAGGUUGAGAAGAGGUACCAUGAAGACAUAUUUGGCGACUAAUCCAGCUUCACCUUUGAAAAACAGAAGCCAGCUGACUUGGGAUAUUUAACAUAAUACUGCUUUGUGAACAUAUAUCCAAAUUUUAGUUUUUUUAUUUACUAUUAAUUUGAAAAUUUUCUAUAUAUAUAUGACAUUUUACUCAUUUCUCCACACAGCAGCAGGAAACAUGAGAAACGGACUAGGAAUGUUUUGAUGUGGAAUGCAGUUUAGCAGUGUUAUUUAACUUGUAUUCACUUUUUGAAGGCCCAGUUUAUUAAAUUUCUUUCCACACCUUGCAGAACUAUGUAGCCUAUUGAAAUGGAGAUCGUAGAGAUACCAAUAAGUUAAUGGUAUCACUUCAAAGGUGGACUUAACAUACAAUUACAGAACCCUAACAUACAAUCACAGACACAGUGUUGCUGUUCUUUUGGCUGCUCCCUGUUCUUGGUCACCACAGUUGUUCAUUUGGCCCGCAUAUUUAAUUUGGCACAUCUUUUACGCUUGAUGUUCUUCCUUAAGCAACCCUCCUGUUUGUAUCACGGCUCAAGACAAGCAUUGAGAGUUAGAUCUUCAGUAACCUGCAGCAAUAAGAGCAUAACAUACUGCUGCUGGACCACCAGAACACAU